ACAAAACAAUACGAUUUAACCACUAAACUUCAUCUGAAAAACAUCUUUAUGAAACGCCGUAAAUAUGCUAGAUAGAGAUCAAUAUUAAUUUAACUUUUACAAUAAUAAUAAUAUCAUACAUCAUUUGAAAAUUUAUCUUUGCAUUGCUUUCAACCUUAAGAACUAAUUUGCAACUUUUUAUCGUCGAGCCAUCGGAUGGUUUUUAUGCCGACUAGCUAUUUAGCUACAAUUUUUUUGCAUUAGAGAACGAUUAUUCCUGACAAUGUCAGCCAUCAACGAAACGAGCGUCUGCCUGACGGCUGCAUCAGAAGAAAUGCUGCUAAACAAAAUCACUGCUCGGAGCUACAGCGGCUUUCUUCUUAACAAAGUCCAAGUGAAGGCUGUGGCCAAAAAGGUGCUGGUGGAUGCGUACGAGGGGCACGCAAACAAGCGCGAGGUGCAGCAACAGUUGAAGGUCACCGAUGAAUGGUUUAUCUACUUUACCGACAAAUAUCCUUCGGUCAAAGAGAAUCUGGUUAGUGGCAAGCAUGGCAAGUCGAGUCAGGAGAAAAGCAUUUGCACUCAAGAAGAAGCCAUACGGUGGCACGGAAACCUUCAGAAGCACAUUCAGACGUCGUUUGAGGAAGAAUUGGACGCUGACAGAGUGUUCCUUGCAACUGUGGACAGCUUUUUGUUCAGGGACCGAAUUGGGAAAUAUGUUCUGCAAGGCAUGAGAGGUGUCGAUGACUUCAAUCACAUCAAGAGAGGCAGACCGCACGAGAAUCUUUCGAGCAUCACGACUUUUAGUGCUGCAGGAAGGCUGGUCCCAGUGAUGCUAACCUUUAAAUCCAACAGAGUGUCUCCUCUCUUCAAAGACAGUCUUCCAAAGGAAUGGAGUAUUGAAACAAACGCAAGUGGCUGGGUAGACACAAACUCAUUGAUAUUCUUCAUGAACAAAUUUAUAUACUGGCUCGGCAAAAACAAAGUUAAACUCCCAGUGGUGUUUAUACUGAUCUCAGAAAACCUCUACAUGCACAUAGACGUGACCGAGUUUUGUGAGAAGAACGGAAUCAUCCUGUGCUGCCUCCCGAAGAACAUCUACGACACUCUCGUUCCAGAAGACAAUGAUGUCAAUGUUGUGUCCAAAAUCAGAGAAAACUUGAAAUCGCUUGACGCGGUGACAAGACUGAAUUUCUCAGGCCAUUAUUCAGGCAUCCUUGAGGGCAUUCCCAAGUCGACGUUCAAGGAAACAUUUUCGCGAUGCGGCUUGUUUCCCUUGGGGGCAGACACGCUGGAUUUUUCAAGAUGCGACGCUGACUUGCAAAGAGAAUUAACGCCAGCUGAACAGUCUUUGGAUGAUUUGGAGAAGGUCCUGCCUCAGAAGACCCUCUUGCAGUUCCAAAAUAACUACCCUUACGGAAUCUGGCUGAACCACAGUCUGAAUUCUUCACUCUUCAACGCUUGGCUCAAGCUGAAGCAGAAAGCCAGAGGGGUCAGCAAAAAGGAUAUUGAUGACGUGUAUGACGAAGAGUUCACAGACGAAAUAGCAGAGUACAUGGAGGUGGACGCUGGUCCGCAUCCUCCAACUCCAGAACCUGACACGUCUGCCGCGAUCGCAGACGAGCAGCCUGACUUGCUUUCCUCACAGCAUGAACAUACGAUCCACAUCUCUGAGUCAGAUGUCGCCGUCGCUUCGAUCCAGCACCUGAACAGUGACAACAUGCACGACACAAUCGCCAUCGCGCUAGCCAACAUGGGAGACUUGGACUUUGUCAAGACGGAAAAGAGGAUGGCCGACGAGAACGACUCACCGGUGCCGUUGAAAAUCACCAGGUGCUCUACGCCUAUGUGCGAGACCAACGCGGAGGGCUUGGGCGUCAUCACCAGCUUGAUGCAGAACAACACCACCCAGGUGAAAUGCCACUCCCCGUCCAUGCCGAUGAACCCCAACAUGCCGAGGACAGCGUGCAAAAUCAUAAGUGCCGAACUAGCGGAAGCCAGUGUGGACAGGCGAGUCGCGGCAGGAGUCAGCAUGAAGGCUAAGCUGCCAGCGUCUGUGCUGGAAAAGUUGAAAAGCAACGCAACCCCAAACAGUUCCAGGAAGAAGAGAUAGGCUUUUCGCUAUCAAAUGCUAAGCCAAAGAUUUGUAAUUAUUUGUCCAUUUUGUAUUCAUUUGUUUUUGUGUCUGAAAGUUCCAGAUCUGGACAGGGUAAAUAAUUGUCUUUUUUCAAUGAAAGAAAAAUAAAGGACGCAGAUAAUUUUAAAGA